AACACUCACUGACAAAAAGGGCAAUUAAAAAAAAAAGAAGAAGCGGCAGAAGCAGAGCGAUGGCCGCCGCUUGUUCACUUCGAUCCGAUGCCUCUCUCCUCUCCUCCUCCUCCUCCUCCUCCAUCGCCGGCGGACGAUUACUCCACCGAUCCGCUGCUGGUUCUCGUCGCCGGGGAUGGAUUUCUGCCGCCGCAUCGACCUCCGUUCCUCCGGUUCAAGGGCGAUCAAAAACAGCACUGAAGGAUUUUAUCCAUAUAAGUGACUUUGACAAGGCAACAAUCAUGAAUAUCCUUCAACGUGCAUCUGAUGUCAAGGCUCUGUUGAAGUCAGGAGAUAGGUCUUUUCUCCCUUUUAAAGGGAAGAGCAUGGCAAUGAUUUUUACUAAGCCAUCCAUGAGGACACGAGUUUCAUUUGAGACAGGGUUCUUUUUGCUCGGUGGACAUGCGAUAUACUUAGGUCCUGAUGAUAUCCAGAUGGGAAAGCGAGAGGAAACCAGGGAUGUUGCUCGAGUUCUUUCUAGGUACAACGACAUCAUUAUGGCACGUGUAUUUGCUCAUCAGGAUAUUCUUGAUUUGGCAGCAUAUGCUACAGUGCCAGUCGUCAAUGGCCUGACUGAUUAUAACCAUCCAUGCCAGAUCAUGGCUGAUGCUCUAACAAUAAUAGAGCAUGUUGGUCAUUUAGAAGGAACCAAGGUUGUAUAUGUUGGUGAUGGGAAUAAUAUCGUGCACUCAUGGCUUCUAUUAGCAGCUGUUGUUCCUUUUCACUUUGUAUGUGUUUGUCCAAAAGGAUUUGAACCAGAUGCGAAGACUAUUGAGAAGGCAAGGAGUGCUGGGAUUAGCAAAAUUGAAAUAACAAAUGAUCCCAGGGAAGCAGUAAAGGGAGCUGACGUAGUGUAUUCAGAUGUUUGGGCUAGUAUGGGCCAAAAAGAGGAGGCUGAAUAUAGGAAUAAAAAGUUCCAAGGGUUUCAGGUGGAUGAAGCCCUAAUGGAGAUGGCAGGAUCAAAAGCACACUUCAUGCACUGCCUACCAGCGGAGAGAGGAAUUGAAGUCACCGAUGGAGUUGUGGAAGCCCCCAAUUCCAUCGUCUUCACUCAGGCUGAGAAUCGCAUGCAUGCCCAAAAUGCUAUCUUGCUCCAUGUAUUUGGUGUCUAGAUCUUGUAAUUUAUUCCUAUUAAUAGGAAGUAGCUGUGUAAUGAGGUUAUAGAUCCUGUCAAUAGUCAGGAUUCUGUUUGACUCUGUUUUAUUGGACUCGUUAUCAUGUAUUUGAUACUGUAGACUUUAUCCCUUUUUGGGUACAACUAUUUGCAUAAGGCUGAAGACGCUAUUUCAUUGGACUCUUUAUCGUUGUAGGAUUAAGCCUGGACUUGAUACUGUACACUUUCACCCAUUUUUGGGAUAAAUGUUUGCAUAGAGUGAAUAUGAGAGUGGUAUGUUA